ACACUGUGGACAACUCUUGUCAUUUGUCAUGGUCUUGUCUCUGUGGUAUCAUCACUUUUUGUUUAUAUUGUGGACAAGAAAAAAUAAAAUUUAAGAUUUUACUUAUUCUGGUGUACGGCUUAUUGUAACAUGAUAAAACACAUUUGGGUUCGGAACUCUUGUUAAGUGAACAACCAUGUCGACUUUAGUGGUGAAUACGAAGUUCGAUGAAUUGUGUCGUUUGUGUGGUUCAAAGACUGAUUCUCUGGCGGUGCAUAUUUUUGAAGACGAAGGCACAUUCAGUGAACUAGAAAAUAAGAUUCUCGGUUGCUUGCAGAUUCAGAUUAAUCAACAAGAUGAACUACCGAAACAAUUGUGUGAUCAUUGCUUGGUUAAACUGGAAAUGUUCUGGGAUUUUAAAGACCGUUCACUGCGUACAGAACAAUUGCUCAUCGAAUUAUUAAAACAAUUGAAAAAUGCUGAGGAUGCACAAUGUUUCGUUUCAGUCGACCCCGAAGGAAUGGUACUGCAAGGACAAAGUUUGUCCAAUAUGGCUGAGCCCGAGCACGCAUUUAACUUGAUUCCUCAGCAAAUCUUGAAUCAGGUUUCGAUGGUGGAAGAUGGAACACUGUAUUCUAGUGAUAACUACUCAAAACCACCAGGAAAUGCUGAUCAAUUAACAUGUUACUCAAAUCAAAACUUAGACGAAAACAGUUUGAGUUUGACGGAGUUUCAACCACAACAAUUGCUUUCAAUGCCUAACUUCUUAAAAUUUGGCGACAAUUUUGAAACAAACACGGACGCUGCCAUCUCUUUCACAGAAAGCCAACUAGUUAAAUCUGAGGAAUUGUCUAUGGACAGUUCUGAUUGUCUCAGUAGUCAAGAUGACAGUGCUCCAAAACUGGCUAAUCCAGCCACAGAAGUUGCAGACAAUUCCGACUUAUCUAACAUGUCGCCAGUAUUAUCAAAUAUGAAGGAAGAAGUCCCGCCUGAGAAACAAUCAGUUCCUAAACCUGCGAAUGGAAAAAUAUGCCCGGAGUGUGGAAAAUCGUACCGAUCGAACUACAAACUUGCCGAGCACAUGACUAUGCAUACAGGAGAGAAAAAGCACAAAUGUCAAAUGUGCGAAAAAAGGUUCCGGUCCAAAAUGGGACUCGCGCAACACGAAGCCAAGCAUACAGGUCAAUACGAUUUGAGAUGUCCGGUAUGCGGAAAAGGAUUCCAAUGUCGUAGUUACCUGAUGGUUCAUCAAAGGGUGCACUCUGAUGUUAAACCAUUUCCAUGUUCAACUUGCGGGCUUAAUUUCAAAACGAAACAGUCUCUACUUGAUCACACAAAUCGACACCUCGGACUCAAGCCAUAUACCUGCACCGUAUGCAAGAGAGGAUUUAUCACUAAAAGUUUAUGCCUUGCUCACGAAAAGACACAUUCAGGCGUAGACAAUCGCAAGUUCUCGUGCAAGAUUUGCGAAAAACGUUUUGUGUCAAAAAGUUAUCUUCGUACUCACUCGCGUAUCCACAGCGGUGAGAAGUCCUUCAUUUGUGAGGUGUGUGGCAAAGGAUUCAUGGCGAGAGUUGAUUUGCGGAUCCACUUGACAAUGCAUACGGGUGAAAAAUCAUUUGUAUGUGAGAUGUGCGGCAAAGCAUUUGCCCGGCGCGAUGCCCUCAAAUGUCAUAGACGUAUGCACACUGGCGAACGGCCUUAUUCUUGUGAUAUAUGCGGUCGUACUUUUACUCAAUUCACUCCUAUGGCAAACCACAAGCGUAAUCAUCAUAGUGAUUCUGCAGCGGCCCAAAGCACAUUAAAAGUUAACUUAACUGAAUCAGUUAUCAACGGUUAAACGGAUCUCUGCUUCAUUAUUAAUGAAAAUUGAGAAUUGAUGUAUUCGUGUGUUUAAUUAGGAUCUCGUUCAAAUUAAAGAAAAAAACACCAGUUUUUACUUAAUUUUCACAGAAA